GGCGAGUUUCCGCGCGUCGUCGGUGUGCUGCUGCCGCCGCCGCCUCCCGGGGAGCCGCGGUAGCUCUCUAACAGUUUUGGCCUUUGGAGCUUCAAACACAGAAUUGUACUGGUGACUUAUCGAGACAUUCCUUGUCCAUUUUCUCCGAAGUGCUGGCUUCCUUCAGGGGGACAGGAUGAACGAAUGUUCCGAACUGGCUUCUGACCGUCGUAGUGGAACCGAAGGUCAGAGAGAGCCGAGGCCGAACGCGGCCGCCCUCCAAGAAGACAUCGAGAUGAGCAGCGGAUCCAGUGGAAAUGAAGCUAAUGAGAAUGACUUCAGUGGGCGGGAGUCUCCUGGCAACGACUCUGACGAAAAUGGGAAAGAUUCCUCCAUGUUGGUGGAGUCCCCCGAGAGCCACAAGAGCAGUUCAAAUGCUUUUAGCCUGAUGAUUGUCAACUCUGACCACAAUCCGUCCACCAGUGGGUGCAGCAGUGAACAGUCAGCCAAAGCCAAGACUCAAAAGGAAUUGAUCAAAACGUUGAAGGAACUGAAAGGCCACCUGCCUCCCGACAGGAGAAGCAAAGGCAAGCCCAGCAUGCUGGCGACCUUGAAGUACGCCCUUCGCAGCAUCAAGCAGAUCAAAGCUAAUGAAGAGUAUUAUCAGCUCUUAAUGACCCGUGAAAACCACUCAGCCACUCUGGAUGUGCCUUCUUACACGGUCAAGGAAAUGGAGACUCUGACGUCAGAAUACAUCAUGAAGAACGUGGAUAUGUUUGCUAUGGCUGUUUCCUUGGUUACUGGAAAGAUUGUGUACGUCUCUGACCAGGCCGCAUCCAUUCUUCCCUGUAAGAAAGACACGUUUCACGACGCCAAGUUCGUGGAGUUCCUGGCGCCCCGUGACGUGAGCGUGUUCCACAGCUCCACAGCCCCGUCCCGGCUCCCGGCCUGGCGCGUUUGCCGCAGAGCCGAUUCUUGCACCCAGGAUUACAUGGAAGAGAAAUCUUUCUUCUGUCGCAUCAGUGGUGGCAAAGAUCACGAAAAUGUAAUCCGCUAUCAUCCAUUCCGAAUGACUCCCUACCUUAUCAGAAUACAAGACAAGCAGAGUGCAGACGGUCAGCUGUGCUGUGUUUUGCUCGCAGAGAAGGUGCACUCUGGUUAUGAAGCGCCCAGGAUUCCGCCAGAUAAGAGGAUAUUUACAACGACACAUACCCCAAAUUGUCUGUUUCAAGAUGUAGAUGAAAGAGCGGUUCCUCUCUUGGGCUAUCUACCUCAGGACCUGAUUGGCACCCCUGUUCUGCUGCAUCUUCACCCACAUGACAGACCUCUCAUGCUGGCUAUUCACAAAAAAAUCCUGCAGUAUGGUGGACAGCCUUUUGACUACUCUCCAAUCAGAUUCUGCACUCGAAAUGGAGAGUACAUAACAAUGGACACCAGCUGGUCCAGUUUCAUCAAUCCUUGGAACAGAAAAGUUUCCUUUAUAAUUGGAAGGCAUAAAGUGAGAACGGGGCCUUUGAAUGAAGAUGUCUUUGCUGCUCAUUCCUGCACAGAAGAGAAAACCCCUCAUCCCAGUAUUCAGGAGAUCACAGAGCAGAUAUACAGGUUGUUACUACAGCCCGUCCACCACAGUGGCUCCAGCGGCUAUGGCAGCCUGGGCAGUAACGGCUCCCACGAGCAUCUCAUGAGUCAGACAUCUUCCAGCGACAGCAAUGGCCACCUCCAUGAGGACUCGCGGAAGAGGAGGCCGAAUACCCGGAAAGGGAUUUGUAAAGAUGCCCAGAAGGUCACAAGCAAAAGCACCAUUCUAUUUGAGAGUGGAGAAGAAACAAGGAGGCCAGGUCCAGAAAGUCAGACUAAUUUGAACACUCAAACCAAAGCUAUAUUGGCUCCUGAGAAGGACCGUGGAGGCCCCGGCUUGCCAAAGAACAUAAUGACAGAGGAGCUGGCCUGCAGGAACCAAUCUGCGUACUCCUACCAGCAGAUAAGCUGCUUAGACAGCGUCAUUAGGUACCUGGAGAGCUGCAGCGUGGCUGGGCCACUGAAGAGGAAGUGUGAGUCCCUGCCCAGUGUGGCACCUUCGUCCCUAGAAGAUGAGCAGAAGGCCCCGGCAGAGCCAGGACCACCGCCGGCAGCAGAGGAGACGUCGAUGGUGAAAGUUCCCUUAAAUCCUGCUGUGGCCGUCCUGAAGCCGUCCAAAGCAAACAGCCGCCCGGUGGUUGGCGCUCACUUGACCUCCUUGGCCCUCCCUGGCAAGGCUGAGAGUGUGGUUUCCUUCACCAGUCAGUGCAGCUACAGCAGCACCCUGGUCCACGUGGGUGACAAGAAGCUGCAGCCUGAGUCAGAGAUGAUAGAAGACCCCGCUAGUGGAAUGGAGUCCCUGGACAGUGCAGCCACCCCCUCCUCUCAUCGCGACUCCAGCCCGGAGAAGGGGCCCCCCAAGAAGGUGGGUCUGACCAAAGAGGUGCUCGCCGUCCACACGCAGAAGGAGGAACAGAGCUUCUUGCACAAAUUUAAGGAAACUAGAAGACUGGGUACAUUUCAGUCUCGCUGCCAUUAUUACCUACAGGAGAGGUCCAAGGGGCGCCCUGGAGAACGCGUUGUUCGAGGACUAAGAAAUAGUAUUUCUGGAGUGGAUUCAUCUUGGAAAAAAAACGGAAAGAACCGAAAACAAAAAUCCAAGCGAAUUAAGCCGCACGAGUCAUCGGACAGCACGACUUCGGGCACCAACGUCCCUCCUCGGUCGCCACUGGUUGGCCUGAACUCUACGGCGUGGUCACCGUCAGACACUUCCCAGGCCAGCUGUCCUCCAGCCUCGUUUCCUACAGUGGUGCCUGCAUACUCUCUGCCUGUUUUUCCAUCACCGGGAAUUGUCCCAACCUCCGGAGAUGCAGCUGCGCGGGCCUCCCAGGCUCAUGUGAAUGAUUCGGGGAACUCCCAGCCUUAUAUUUCCCUGCAGCCACCAGCAUUCACCGCCCCCCUGACUCCGGUCAUGGCAGUCGUGUUACCCAGUUACACGUUCCCUCCGAUGCACCCUGCUGGGCACCCGUCGUUCUACCCUGGCCAAAGUAACUGUCCCCAGCAUCCCGCAUGCUCUUCACCGGUGGUGUUUGCAGCCCAGCCCGACUUCCCUGCUCAGGCGUCUUUCUCAUCACAGACACUAUGCCCAGCACAGUCCUUUAAUUACCCGCUGGGUGAAAGGGAAAGGCCUCCUGCCGCAGGGGCCCCCGAGGGGCCAUCUCGAUCCACGACACCCCAGUCCACGGGAAGACAGGACCAAGCGUCACCACCGCUGUUCCAGUCCCGGUGCAGUUCCCCCUUACAGCUCAAUCUGCUCCAACUGGAAGAAACACCCAAGGCUGCGGACAGCACGGCGGCGGCUGUUUCUGCAUCGUUGGGAGGACGUGGCCUAUUGAGUGAGGGAUCAAAUAAUAAAACAGUCAAGUUUGAUGACAACAAGAGACCGGCGCCUCGCAGAAUCGACUCGCCGAUGGACGCCCACGACAGUGACGCCCUUUCUACGUCCAGUGACUUACUCGAGAUUUUGCUGGCAGAAGAUGGGUGCUCCGCCUCUGGGUCGGCUUCCUCUGGGAGCGGCGUAUCGGCCGCCUCUGAGUCUUUGGGGUCCGGGUCUCUCGGCUGUGGCACGUCCAGAACUGGCACCGGCAGCAGUGAGACGAGCCACACCAGCAAAUACUUCGGGAGUGUGGACUCCUCGGAGAAUAGUCAUCGGGCCAAGCUGACCGCUGGCCUCCCCGAAAGUGAGCAGUUCCUCAAGUGCAUCCUGCAGGACCCAGUCUGGCUGCUGAUGGCCAACACCGACAGCGACGUCAUGAUGACCUAUCAGCUGCCUUCCCGAAAUCUAGAAGCUGUUCUGAAGGAAGAUCGAGAAAAGCUGAGGGCGAUGCAGAAAUCGCAGCCCAGGUUUACGGAGGAGCAGAAGCGAGAACUGCACGCGGUCCACACGUGGAUGCCCCGGGGAGGCCUGCCCAGAGCACUCGACCUGGCCAUGUGCCCCGACUGCGAGGACAGCCAGAGAGAGCGCGUCGAUGGGCCGUAUGACGAGGACCUUCCAACAAUGGAACUCAGCGAAAUGAUGGAAACCCAGGGCGAGAAGGGCGUCCGGCCCACACCCCGAGGGACCAAAGAGGCGACCUAGCCGCACGUGAGCACCCCGGGCGCCUGCUGGCCAGGGGGCCGCGGCCGAAAAUGCUCUAGGGACUGUUCAGACAGCUUGAAGCUUGGUCUGAGUGAAGUAACUUAUUCAUGUCAACUUUUUUGUUUUAGAAAAAAGGACGCUUGUCUGAAGGAAUCAGUGUAAGAACUGGUGAGAUUCACUGCACUGUGUGUAGGCUAAGGGAAGAGAGGGGCUUCAGGUGUUCCACCUUUAAUUCAGCAGAUGGACAGGAGCUCUGCAGAGUGGACGGCACUGCUCCCACGAGGUCACCGUGCGCACGUCGCACACAGCCGUCUUUUCCCAGUUGAAUGUGUGACCCCUGUAUCCGGGGAGAGUUUCUGGGGAUUCCCCUCAGAGGACAUGUUGAAGACCCAAUGGGAGGUCAUUCAAAGCUUGCUAUGUAAAAAUUAAGUUGUUAAUAUUCAAGAAAAUUGUUUCGGGCUGUCAAAAUGUCCAGCCCCCAAUUCUGUCUUAUUUAUUGAGCUUCUUUCUAUCUAAAUUAUAAUUUAGUCAUAGUAAAAAAAAAAAAAAAAGUUUAAAAAAAAUAGGGAAGCCAGAGAGCAAAUCAGGCCCCUUCUCACCUUUCUGACAACUGCCCAGGCCUCAGUGGCCUGAUAGAGGACCGGGGGGUGGCUCUGGGGUCUGCGGCUGCCAGGGAAAGCAUUGUAAUAGACAGACAAACAAAAAAAGAUGAGAUUUGUGAUGAGUCUGGUGAGAUGCUUGUUCACACUUUUAGUGAAGGCGAUGGUGUAUGAUAUGUUACAGGAGAUAAAGUCUCAGGCGGCCUCACCCAGUCAUGGACAUGUAUGGAAGUGUUCUUGAUCCAGCUCUGGCAGGGUCAACUGUUACGGUGGGAUGCAGGCAGCACAGGAGAGACCCUCCAGCCAGGGGCCAGCUGAUGGCUUGGGGCUCGCCCCAGCCCCACACUGAGCCCACUUUAUGCUGACUGGUCUCCCCCAUCCCUAGUCCCCAAAUCAGUUGUUGGUAUUGUUGUUGUUACUGUUACUCCGUCACCGUGCUCCAAGAGUAUGGUCAUCAUUCUUCAGCCUCUCGUUCUUGUCAGUCAGCCGUUCCCUUCACGUACUUGACCCUGCAGAACCUGCUGAUGCUGAGAAUUAAUUACUGAAGUACCGUGGAACCAAAAUCCUCUAGAGCCUUUGUGCUGUGACCCCGGGUGCCGGGACGUGACGGGCAAUGCCCCGUUUGCACACUGGCCUGGCCGGCCCUGGCAGGUCCCCCGCCCUGGUUCCUAGGCCCGAUGUCAGACCUAAUGCCUUUUGAGGCUGCAGGUUGUUCUGGCCUUGAGGAGGCCUAGGGAGACCCAGCUGUUUGAUGGAUACUCUGCAAAACCUGGAGAUUAUCUGGGAAGUUAGAUAGUUUGGAAAACCAGUGCUAUCUGCUUGUGUUGGGUGGGAAAUGAUCAUUGAUAAGACAGUUCAUUUUAAAUCGGACUCUGGUGUGAAGAAACAGAGGAGGAAGGAGUUUUGUGUUCUUUUCUCCUCCAUGGCCUUUAAGUUAAAAAAAAACAAACCUGCCUUCAUGAUUAUGAAGACCAUUAAGUGGUUUUGUUUUUUUCAAGGCUCUCUACAGUAAAUUCACUUUAGUCUUGAAAACAAAACCCGUCAGCUGCCAGAUCAGACCUGGAAAACUGCAGUUCUAAGUGAAUCUAAAAAAUAUUCCUAUCCUUUAAGCCUGAGGCAGGGCUCGCCUUGGGAUUUCAGCAGCUUUUCCGUGACUCCCUCUCAAGUGGGAUGGCGGUUAGCGCUCUGAGACUGCACGGUACACACACACGCGCACGCACGCGCUUUCCAGAGGGGUUUGUUUCUCGUCUGUGUUUUUGUAUCAUCUCAUCCAGACAGGGACCGUCUUUGCCUACCUGCUUUAACAAAGUGUCAGUGAUCGGAGCUCUUCAGGUCAUUUCGUGGCUGUCUUUCUCUAGUAUCAGUAAUUAAGCCCGGCCUCUUUUUCUGUGAAGCGGACGGACAGACAGCCGGGUGUACACGUGGAGCCGGCUGUCAGGGGACGUCCGCCGCCUUUGAAAGCUGAGCCUGUGUCCGAGGUUUCCCAAAGUGUGCAUUGGUCCUAAUUUCAGCUCCGUGUGAUGCCUUGUUUCAGAGUCUUUGUGGACAAGCAGCUUGAUCCUGCGAGGAUUCUGAGUUCACUGUUCGUGGCUACUUUUUAUGACUUUUUUGCCUUUUAGAAAAUUGGCUAAAUAAAGUAAAUAUAUUUUU